CCUCAUGCAUAGGGGGAAGUCCCCAGUCUGGCACUUAGUGUAUAUUUAAAUUAGCUUCCACGCUGAAAUACAGGCCUGUGUCACUCUCAUCUUCAAAUCAAGGAUUCUCCCUCCGCGUCUUCAUCUCGCUUGUGUGAGGGUUAUCAGGCCGAUGGGUGGAGGCUGUGCUGAAGGUCAGUAUCGGGAUGCUUUGGUGGGGUGUAUGGACUGUCUGGGGACAUGUCAGAAAUCACUUGUAAUCAGCAGAUGCAGAAGUUUCUGUGAGGCUGUAAAUUGUAAGACUCAACCUGGCCACUACUACGAUAAGCUGCUAAACAAAUGUAUAGAGUGUAAAGAGAUCUGCGGCACACAUCCUCCAGAAUGCGCCCCACACUGCCAGACUGAAGUUGUCGCAGGACCCUCCACACUGAAAGACUCUGAUAUCCUCAUCUACUCCCUGCUGGCUGUGUGCCUGGCGCUGCUGUUUUCUAGCUUGUUUCUGGCCUUUGUAGCCUUUCUUAGAGGAGGCAAGGCCAAAACCUCUAACCAAGGAUCCACACAGGGCAGUCAAUCCAAGAAGAAGAAAGAGAGCGAGGCCAGGCCGGGACAGGAGACUGGUAUUCCAGCUGGGCAACUUGGAAAAAGCUCCAAAGAUAUUCUAAUGUCUCCGAGCUGCCCCGUUAACCUCGAGCCAUCAGACGACUCCCUGCCAACAGAGACCUGCGUGUGUGUCCACUGCUUCCCUGACAUGAACGUGCGAGGCCCGGCUCACAGCAGGACGCUCAGAGACCCUCCUGUGCUCUACCAGCAAGCUGUCCUCCAAAGAGCCCAGACCCAAAACGGAGGGGCUUGCUGGACGGAGCAGAGCUUCCGAACCUACGACAUGAAGGUCCAGGAGGAGGCAGCAGUGGGAUGAGUUUAGUGGUGCAAGUGAACUGGAAUUAAUUACCGUGUCUCCGAUCCAUCAGAGAAGGUUGUCGAUAUACUGGAUAUUUUGUUGGGGUAAAAAAACAACAACAAAAAAACCCCCAAAACCAACAAUAGCAAAAAAAAACAAC